CAUCAGGCAGGUUUAUCAACAUAGCAAUAUCAACCUGUACAAGUGGAAACCAGUAAAAUUUCCGGAUUCCAUGACCACUUCAUCUGGCAGCUGUUUCUCUUUUACACUGUUUUACAAUAACAUGGAUUGAUCCGUACUUGGGCAAAGCUUUUUUUUGAACUGUCUGAUUCCAUCGUCUCAUUGCUUUCUCGAGGCCCUGAGAGGCGUUCCAUUAUCACCUUAACUCAAACAUGGUGAAGAAAUUUGUGCCUCGACAGAGAAAACAUAAAGUCCUCGCACGGCAAAAAGAGGCUGGUAAGGACAAUCGAGAUGAAGCUCAAGCCGACAGCAAUGCCGCAGAGAUUGUUCCUGAAUCCAAGAAGGAACUCGAGGCGAGGAAGGCGCAGUUCCGGGAUGAAUUGAAAGGCCAAGGCGUCAAGGUCAGCGGGAAAAAGGCCAAACGACUUGAGAAAUACAUCGAGAACAAACUCAAAAAGGACGAUUCUCGAGUAUUGCUAGCUCAGUUAUCCAACAACAAAAUUGACACCAGCUUGUUUUCGAGCACUCGCAGACUUGGCCAGGGAAAGGAGACGAAACGUCAGUUGCUGCAGAGAGCUCUGCGGGAGCACGAGGCCGGUGUGCGCCACGACGAUGAGUUGUUUGAAGAGCGGCAGAGUGGCUCGGAUAUCGAGAGCGAGUCAGACCAGGCGAUCAAACCUAGGACAACUCAAAAUGAAGCUACUAGAGUGGAACCCACGAAAGUUCCUUCCUCAGCUGCUCCAAAGGCUGCAACGGCUAACGGCGAAUUGGCAGCUGGCUCCGGACUUAAACGCCCAUUGGAGUUGGAUGAUGAGGGCCGCCCUAUUAUCCAAAAGCGACAAAAGCGUGGUGGGGUGAAAUCCAAGUUUUCAACAUCUGCGCCUACAUUCGCUCAGCAGGAGUCAGAUGCGACUUCUGACGAGGAGGAAUGGGGUGGCUUCAGCUCAAAUGAGGAGGAACCAACGAAGUCUAAUGGCGGGUCCGACAGCGGAUCGGAAGUGGAAGGGCCACCAGUCGAAGGAUCUGAGGAAGAAUCCGACGAAGAUGACAUUUCCGAGGAUGGCAGUGAUGAAGAGCCUGGAGAAUCCACUAAAGAAAGGUCUUCUGCGUUCAAAGCUUGGGCACAUCAACAACGGAAUGAGGCUCUUGGAUACCAACCAAUAGAUUCGACGGCAGCCGUUCUCGACAUACCCAAGCCAGAAAACUUCCAGCCUCGUCCAGCGGAGCAGGAUCCACUGCCACAGGAGUUGCAGCCAACUGCAGACACGGGGAGGAAAGCCUUCAGUGUCUCAGUGACAAGGACUCCUGAAAUCGAAGAGGCACGGCUCAAGUUGCCCAUUGUCGCUGAAGAGCAGAAGAUCAUGGAGGCCAUUCACAACAAUAACAUUGUUGUCAUCUGCGGUGCCACUGGAUCCGGUAAAACCACACAGGUGCCACAAUUCCUAUUCGAGGCCGGUUACGGCUCACCCAAUUCUCCAACGCCCGGAUUGAUAGGGGUCACUCAGCCGAGGAAAGUUGCCGCCGUCAGCAUGUCUAAGCGAGUGGGACAAGAACUGGGCGAUCAUUCUCACGCUGUCGCGUAUCAGAUCCGUUUCGAGGGUACGGCUGAUGCAAAGACGUCAAUCAAAUUUAUGACAGACGGUGUGCUGCUACGAGAGGUGUCAACCGACAUAACCCUGCGCAAAUACUCCUCUGUCAUCAUUGAUGAAGCUCACGAGAGAAGCGUCAAUACUGAUGUCCUUAUUGGAAUGCUCAGCAGAGUUGUCAAGCUGCGUCAGGAGAUGGCGGAAGAAGACUCAAAUAUGAAACCGCUGAAGCUCAUUAUCAUGUCAGCAACAUUGAGAAUCGACGAUCUCACAAAGAACCCGACUCUUUUCCCCACGCCGCCUCCAGUGUUGGAUAUCGAAGGAAGACAAUUUCCUGUGACUGUACAUUUUGCGCGGCAGACAGGCCAUGACUAUGUGGAAGAGAUGUUCAAUAAAAUAACAAGAGGACACAAGAAGCUCCCUCCUGGCGACUUUCUUGUCUUCUUGACUAGUUACGACGACAUAUCGCGGCUGAGCCAGAAGUUAAGGUUGGCAUCCGGGAGUUUGAACGUUGCAACUUAUCCAAAGGCUCGCAUAUCUGCCAGCGAUGCUCCUCUCGAGGUGGAAGAUAUCGAUUUCGGCGAGACAAAUGAGUCUACACAUGACGACUAUGAUGAAAUUCAUCUCGUUAGCGAGGAAGGAGACGAUGAAGAGGAUGAGGAUGCAGAAUUCGAGAUUCCAGAAGAGGAGGCUGGAACUGGGCCCCUUAGGAUGCACGUUCUGCCCCUCUACUCACUGCUACCUACGAAAGAGCAAAUGCGAGUGUUUGAACCACCACCGGAAGGUUCCCGGCAUAUCAUACUUGCGACCAAUAUUGCUGAAACGAGCUUGACCAUCCCGGGCAUCCGCUACGUUUUUGAUUGUGGCAGAGCAAAAGAACGCCGAUAUGAUAAAGAAAGCGGCGUUCAAAGCUACGAAAUCGGUUGGAUCAGCAAGGCGAGUGCAAGCCAACGGUCUGGGCGUGCUGGUCGAACGGGCUCAGGUCAUUGCUACCGGCUAUACUCUUCAGCUGUGUAUGAGAGAGACUUUGCAGAUUUCACAGAUCCAGAGCUCUUGAGAAUGCCGAUUGAAGGCGUUGUCUUGCAACUCAAAGCCAUGAGGCUUCAACACGUCGUCAAUUUCCCCUUCCCUACUCCCCCGGAGAGAAAAAGCAUCGCUAAAGCAGAGAGGCUGUUGAAGUAUCUCUCAGCGAUCACUCCAAAAGGACAGGCUACGGAAUUUGGGUCAACAAUGGCUCGAUUCCCUCUGCCACCUCGGUUCGCUCGUAUUCUCCUUAUUGGGCACCUGCACGACUGCCUGCCUUAUACCAUCGCACUGGUAGCCGCACUAUCAGUGGCUGAAAUUUUUCUUCCUGAAAGCCAAGUAAUCCCAGUUCUCUCGGAUAAUGAGAAUAGCUUCCGCACCAACGAAGAUGUCAUUGCAGAGACCCAACGGACGCGGGCUCGGCAAAAGUACAAUGAAGUGCACCGAAACUUCCGCUCACUGGACGAUGCGUCCGACGCUCUGAAGCUACUCCAAGUCGUGGGCGAGUUUGCCCACGAUCCCACCGAGCAAUGGUGCGAGAAUCACUUGGUCCGUUAUAAAGCUCUCGUAGAGUCGCAAAAGCUACGUCGACAGAUAACGAGUCUGUUGCAGAAAGAUAUUCCGAAAUUCCGGGCUAUUACCUUCCAGGAGAAGCUCGACCGACCAAGUGUCAAGCAAGUCACUGCUCUGAAACAGAUGGUCGCAGCAGGCUUCAUUGAUCAAGUGGCAAUACGGGGUGAUCUUGCCCCCAACCCCCCAGAGUUAUAUCGGAAGCCGCACCGCGCCAUCGACGUGCCAUACGUCCCUCUCCACCCCAUCGACACAUUCGGUCCGGAGGAUAUCGAUAAAACCGUCUACAUCCACCCGUCGUCAUCACUCGCGCACUUCAGCCCUCAAGAGUGUCCUCAGUACAUCGUAUACUCGCAUCUGCAGCGUGCAGCAGCAGCAGUGGAUGCCGUGAAGAGACCAAAGACACGCAUGAUUGCUCUCACCGACGUCAGUGCAGCGCAACUUGCGGCCCUCGCCAAGGGGACCCCUCUGAUUAGUUACGGAAAGCCCAUCAAGGAGAUCCAGACAAACGACCCCUUGGUCAGAGAGUGCUGGGUUGUGCCGUAUCUGAGGGCUGAAGGUACCGGUGGUCAGGGUUGGCCGCUGGCUGUCACGAAGAUUAAGCAGAAGAAGGUACCAGGGAAAGGCUGGGUAGUGGAGUAAGAUAGAUAUCUAUACAGGCGUAAAUAGAUGGUCCAAGCCUGAUCUAUUUUGGUCGGCUAUUUACCUUUCAGCUUAUGAUCCUUUAUCUUAAAAUAUGAAGUCAGAGGAUACAUACUUCUUUCGGAGCAUAGUAUAUAUCCCGCUUUUCAUUACAGUUCCAUCAUUUUCUACACAACGGCGCGUUUGCUCUCAAUAUGUUGAAUCAAGAAGAGCCUUUAUAGACAGGAUGCUGAGUUUUUGACAGCCAAAUAUAC